AAACCUGCAUGCAUGGAAACACAUGGGCAGUUUCAGGUUUUUAUUUGAUCAAAAAUAGAAAACAUGUUACUUAGCUACUUAUUUUGACUGCAACUAUUCGUGCUUUAAGUUUUCGUGUCGCCGGUCUGAAUUAACUUUGCUAAGCUAGCCUUGGUCAUUUCCAGACUGUUUGUAGAAAUGAAAGGGGGGAAAAGGAAACAGAACAUCAAGAAGAAGAAGGGGAAUGCGGUCUUACAGAAGUACAUGUGUGCGGUGGACGAGUUUGUUAAAAAUAUUGGUGAUCACGAAGAAGCAGACAGGGACCAGAGGCUGCGAUCCGUGAAAACCAAAAGCAGAAAGGAGUUACGCAAAGAAAAGAGAAGACUGAAAAAAGCCAAAAUGAAAAGUCACUAUGAAGGGAAAAAGAGCGUCAGUUUUGCCUCAGAUGUUGGGGAAAAGUUGGAAGUCAGAUCGGAAAAUAAGCACCAGACUCCGAAGAAGAAAACUGAUCAAAUAAAAAGGGACGUGACAAAAACUCUUUCACACAACCACGCUGAGGUUCCUAAAGAAAAAACGGAGUCAUCUGGAUCUAAAUCCUCCGCCAAGAAGGGAAAGAAAAUGAACAAGCUUCAAGAAUCCAGAAAAAUGGCUCUGCUGGAGGCAAAUGAACAAGAGGACAGAGAGAUAAAAAAGCUGGAGCGGUGUCUUGGAUUAAACAAAAGGAAAAACAAGAAAAGUCUCCCUCAGUCCUUUGUGACAGAUGGACUGGACUACAUCCUUGGGGUCCUUGACUCCGGCUCAUCUGGAGCAGGGAUAUACGACGAUGAGUUUGACGAAGAUGAGGGUAUGGACACUGCGAGAGAAAACUUUGAAAAGUUGGAUCAGGAUGACUCCCCUCUGUCAGAUGAAGAUGAAGAAGCUGAGGAGGACAUGGCGAGUGAGGAAAGUGAUGAAGCUGAGGAAGAAGAGAUGGGGCAUGAGGAAGAGGAGGAGAUGGGGAGUGAGGAAGAUGAAGAGGAGGAGAUGGGGAAUGAGGAAGAUGAAGAGAAGGAGAUGGGAAGUGAGGAAGAUAUGAAUGAAAGUGGUGCUGAUGCUGCUUCAGGAGCUGAAAGUGAGGAGGAAAAUGACGAAGAAGCUUCCCAUCCUAACCAAAGAACAGAAAUUGGCACCCCAAUGACUGGCAAGUAUGUCCCACCUCAGCUGCGAAAUAUCGCAGAUGACAAACGCAAAGCUGAGCUUGAAUCGCUGAAAAGGAAAGUGAAAGGCCUGCUUAAUAGGCUGAGCGAGGCCAACAUGGCCUCCAUCUGUGGUCAGCUGGAGGAGCUGUACAUGAGCUGCAGCAGGAAGGACAUGAACGACACACUGACGGAUGUUCUGCUGGCAGCCUGCGUCACUCCCACCCUGAUGCCCGAUAGACUACUGAUGGAGCACGUGCUGCUUGUCAGCAUCCUCCAUCAUGCUGUGGGGCUGGAGGUCGGAGCCCAUUUCCUCGAGACAGUCGUGUGGAGAUUUGACGAGGUCUACAAGAACUCCAGUGAGGACAAAGAGUGUGACAACCUCAUCGCCAUCGUUGCUCACCUCUACAACUUCCAGGUGGUGCAUUCUGUCCUCAUUUUUGACCUCCUGAAGCUACUGGUGGGAAGUUUCUCAGAGAAGGACAUCGAGUUAGUUCUGUUUGUGCUGAGGAACGUCGGCUUUGCCCUGAGGAAGGACGACGCGCUCGCUCUCAAGGAACUCAUCUCUGAUGCUCAGCGCAAGGCCAGUGACGUUGGAACAAAGUUCAAAGAUCAAACCAGGGUGCGAUUCAUGCUGGAAACCAUGUUGGCUUUAAAGAACAACGACAUGAGGAAGAUCCCAGGGUACGAUCCGGAGCCUGUGGAGAGACUGAGGAAGCUGCAGAGGACUCUGAUCCGCAGCAGUGCUGGAGGCAGUGACCUGAAACUGAGGGUGUCUCUGGAGAACAUCCUGAAAGCAGAGCAGGUGGGCCGCUGGUGGAUCGUUGGCUCGUCAUGGAGCGGAGCGCCCAUGAUCAGCAAGCAGGAUGACACAACCUCAAAGCAGAGUGCUGCUGAGGGACAGUUCAGCCACAAAGUUUUAGAGCUGGCAAGGAAGCAGAGGAUGAACACUGAGGUCAGGAGAAACAUCUUCUGUGUUCUUAUGACCAGCGAGGACUACCUGGAUGCUUUCGAGAAGUUGUUGAGAAUGGGUCUGAAGGACAAACAGGAGAGAGAGAUCGUCCAUGUUCUGAUGGACUGCUGCCUGCAGGAGAAAACCUUCAACGCAUUUUACGCCGUCCUCGGAGAGAAAUUCUGCUCCCAAGAUCGACGCUUCCAGAUGACGUUCCAGUUCUGCCUGUGGGACAAGUUCAAAGAGCUUUCCAACCUUCCCAGCUGUGCAUUUACCAAUCUAGUCCAGCUGGUGACUCACUUUCUUCGGAAGAAAUGCCUCUCACUCUCCAUCCUCAAAGUGAUAGAGUUUGGGGAGUUGGAUAAGUCCAAGGUGCGUUUCUUACGUCAGGUCCUGACGAAACUAUUGAAAGAAACUGAGCCAGAGGAGAUAGCUUGCAUAUUUGGGAGGGUUUCAGGAAUCGCUAAGCUGGCAUUGCUGCGAGAGGGCUUGAAGCUUUUCAUCAGUCACUUCCUCGUGAAGAACUCCCAGUCUCAGAGAUCGGCUGAGGAUGCCGCGUUCCUGCGGGAGCGUGCUCAGGUCGCCACCAAGGCUAUGGAGACUAAAGACACCAAGCUCAAACUGUAAAACAAACCAAAAGUUUGUGGCAUUAAAAGCUUGUUGGCCUCACAUAAAUCCACAAAGAAAGACCCAAAAACUCUCAAUGUUGAAAUGCAGGGCUGAGAUCCACCUGAUCUACGACAACCAACUGAAACAUUUUGCAUUCUCUGAUUUGUGUGUGUAAGAACGAAAAUGUUUUGUUUCCAUCUGCAACAUACACUGUCAGAGUUUAUCUUUGUAAAUUUGUUUAGCCCUCCCGCAAACUUAGCGGGAGACGCUCUGUAGGAGAGCAGGAGAUGUCACUGUCGGUCAGUCUCCAUCUCCAAUUAAGUUUUAGUGAAAAUCUUAUUUCAGCAUGGCUGCCCUCUUGGAGGUUAUUUUUCACAGAAGCUGUAAAAAAUAAAUUCAAGUUUUUCUUACUAACUUAACAUUAUAUCGAGGGUAAACGGCAGAGAUGGAAAGAGUGGAUUGAUUAAAAACAGAAUGUAAAAAGAAAGCAACACAUAUCUUUGGUUUGUUAUAAAGUCAAUCAGUUUGACUUUAUUGUGUGUAUCAUUUUCAUUCCUAGCAAAAAAUGUGUUUUUAACAUUUAAAACUCAACUGAACUUUAACGGUCUGCAUUGUAGACUUUUUCCACUUUCCUGUGUGUUUUGACCUGAGCACUAAGAGGUUAUGGCAUUGCUCUUCAGUGUUUACACGCCCUGAUAAAUUGACUCGGGGACGCUGACUAUGGCCUGUCCUGUUCGCCUGCUGACACCAGUAUAUUUCCCACAUGGUUUGCAUAGCAGAGUCAUUCUGUUACAUUUGAUACUUGCUUCUAUAAAUUUGCUCUGUUGAUGCCUGUAUUAUUCUAAAGAUGUAGAGCGGGCAGCCUGGGGGUCAGGAACAGGCCGGGUCAACCAGAUCAAAUGUUUAUCAGUUCAUGAAAUAGGCUGCUGCUGAUGGGAGGUCGAUCCUUUUCCAUUUAAGCCAAACAUUCAGUGAUGUACACAAUGUUAAAAGAUAAAGUGUUUACACCCUUUAAAUUUUUUUAUUGUGAUGUGGUUAAAGGACAUGAAAACAAUUAUUUUGAAAGUUCUUCACAAAUAACGAGGAAUUUAUAGUUUUCAGAUUUAUUUUGGUACCCCUAAUUUAAACAAACAUACAACAGUUGACUUAAGAAUUCACAAAAUUAGUAAGUUAUGUCUCUUGCAAAGAACUGUCUGUAAGUAACCCUGGACAGACCUUUCCUCCUGUGAAGUGCAGUGGUGGCACCAUCAUGUAGUGGGGAUGCGUGUUUUUCAGCAUUGAAGUCAAAGCUGGUCCAUGUUAAUGAAAAAUAUAGUUAAAUCCUGCAAGAAAUCCUACAGAAAACAUGAAGCGCAAGCAUAUUUAUAUAAUUAAAAACUGAUUUAUCCUUCUUCACAAGCAUCAUCAAUGUUGUGUCAAUGAAUAAAAUGCAUCAAAGUUGUUGACAAAAUUAAAGUUAUGGGGGAAUGAAAAUAGUAGUGUAUGCAGCAAUUUUUAGUGCAAUUAUUUUUUUGAGAAAAACAUUGUUUUAGAGAAGCACUGUUAAAAACAUCUGUAAGUUCACUACAGCUUGAUUUUUACCUGCUGACCCUAAGCUGAACUCUAAGUCAACCUGCUAAAGCAAACAGCUCAACAGAUUACUUGUUGAACCUGGUAUAAAUGGUGCAAAAAUCUCUCCAGUGUUGCUGUCAAUCUCCAUCAUUGCUUUGUUGUCACAAGAGUCAAACUCUAGCACUAUCAUGUAAAGUUAAACCCGUUACUACUUAACAAUAGGAACUCCUGUGCCAUAAAUAUUCUUAAUAUUGCCUGAUCAGCGAUUCUUAUGCCUCUUGUGAUGUCAUGGACCCAAACUUGCUCUUUCUCUCUUCUGUGCACUUUUAUAAAAAUGCUUAUAUUAAUGUCAAUCUCCAUUUCCAGUGACCUCUUACAUGAGGACACUGGAUAUCUUUAAAUUGGACACACAUAUG